UUCAGAAACUGACAUUGAUUCCAAUGAUAAUAUUGCCAUCGAGAAGCGAAGACAAGAAGACUACGAAGCCGAAGUAGUAGUUUAUCGAGCACUUGAAAAUUUGAACGAGCCCAUUACUGUGUUUCAUGGUCUUAAAUAUACUCACAGCCAGUUUAGACUCUGGGACAUUAAUCACAAUAGGAAAAGCUGUAGUGAGUCUGGGAGGAACCCAAGUUGUAAGAACCCAGACGCAGAUGAAGGCGACAACAAGCAAAACUAAUGAAGGCAUAGAAGAAAGUCUGGAUCAUGUCCCUGAAAGAAUGGGAAAAAUGUCAAGAAUCCAUCUCUACUUCAGACGACAACAAGCAAAAGUAACGAAGGCAAAAAACAACGUCUGAAUCAUGCCCCUGAAACUGUGGGGAAGAAAGUCAAGAAUCCAUCUCUAUUUCAGGCGACAACAAGCAAAAGUAACGGAGACAAAAAACAAAGUCUGGAUCAUGUCCCUGAAACAGUGGGAAAGAAAGUCAAGAAUCCAUCUCUACUUCAGGCGACAACAAGCAAAAGUAACGAAGGCAUGAAAGAACGCCUGGAUUAUGUCCUUGAAAUAGUGGUAAAGAAAGUCAAGAAUCCAUCUCUAUUUCAGGCGACAACAAGCAAAAGUAACGAAGGCAAAAAACAACGUCUGAAUCAUGCCCCUGAAACUGUGGGGAAGAAAGUCAAGAAUCCAUCUCUAUUUCAGGCGACAACAAGCAAAAGUAACGGAGACAAAAAACAAAGUCUGGAUCAUGUCCCUGAAACAGUGGGAAAGAAAGUCAAGAAUCCAUCUCUACUUCAGGCGACAACAAGCAAAAGUAACGAAGGCAUGAAAGAACGCCUGGAUUAUGUCCUUGAAAUAGUGGUAAAGAAAGUCAAGAAUCCAUCUCUAUUUCAGGCGACAACAAGCAAAAGUAACGAAGGCAAAAAACAAAGUCUGGAUCAUGCCCCUGAAACAGUGGGAAAGAAAGUCAAGAAUCCAUCUCAUCUUCAGGAAACAAUAAGCAAAAGUAACGAAGGCAUAAAAGAAAGUCUGGAUCAUGCCCCUGGAAUAGUCGGAAAAAAAGUCAAGAAUCCAUCUCUACUUCAGACGACAACAAGCAAAAGUAACGAAGGCAUAAAAGAAAGUCUGGAUCAUGCCCCUGAAACAGUGGGAAACAAAGUCAAGAAUCCAUCUCUACUUCAGACGACAACAAGCAAAAGUAACGAAGGCAAAAAACAACGUCUGAAUCAUGCCCCUGAAACUGUGGGGAAGAAAGUCAAGAAUCCAUCUCUAUUUCAGGCGACAACAAGCAAAAGUAACGGAGACAAAAAACAAAGUCUGGAUCAUGUCCCUGAAACAGUGGGAAAGAAAGUCAAGAAUCCAUCUCUACUUCAGGCGACAACAAGCAAAAGUAACGAAGGCAUGAAAGAACGCCUGGAUUAUGUCCUUGAAAUAGUGGUAAAGAAAGUCAAGAAUCCAUCUCUAUUUCAGGCGACAACAAGCAAAAGUAACGAAGGCAAAAAACAACGUCUGAAUCAUGCCCCUGAAACUGUGGGGAAGAAAGUCAAGAAUCCAUCUCUAUUUCAGGCGACAACAAGCAAAAGUAACGGAGACAAAAAACAAAGUCUGGAUCAUGUCCCUGAAACAGUGGGAAAGAAAGUCAAGAAUCCAUCUCUACUUCAGGCGACAACAAGCAAAAGUAACGAAGGCAUGAAAGAACGCCUGGAUUAUGUCCUUGAAAUAGUGGUAAAGAAAGUCAAGAAUCCAUCUCUAUUUCAGGCGACAACAAGCAAAAGUAACGAAGGCAAAAAACAAAGUCUGGAUCAUGCCCCUGAAACAGUGGGAAAGAAAGUCAAGAAUCCAUCUCAUCUUCAGGAAACAAUAAGCAAAAGUAACGAAGGCAUAAAAGAAAGUCUGGAUCAUGCCCCUGGAAUAGUCGGAAAAAAAGUCAAGAAUCCAUCUCUACUUCAGACGACAACAAGCAAAAGUAACGAAGGCAUAAAAGAAAGUCUGGAUCAUGCCCCUGAAACAGUGGGAAACAAAGUCAAGAAUCCAUCUCUACUUCAGGCGACAACAAGCAAAAGUAACGAAGGCAAAAAACAAAGUCUGGAUCAUGCCCAUGAAACAGUGGGAAAGAAAGUCAAGAUUCCAUCUCUACUUCAGGCGACAACAAGCAAAAGUAACGAAGGCAAAAAAAAAAGUCUGGAUCAUGCCCCUGAAACAGUGGGAAAGAAAGUCAAGAAUCCAUUUCUAUUUCAGGCGACAACAAGCAAAAGUGACGAAGGCAAAACACAAAGUCUGGAUCAUGCCCCUGAAACAGUGGGAAAGAAAGUCAAGAUUCCAUCUCUAUUUCAGGCGACGACAAGCAAAAGUAACGAAGGCAUGAAAGAACGCCUGGAUCAUGUCCUUGAAAUAGUGGUAAAGAAAAUCAAGAAUCCAUCUCUAUUUCAAGCGACAACAAGCAAAAGUAACGAAGGCGAAAAACAAAGUCUGGAUCAUGCCCCUGAAACAGUGGGAAAGAAAGUCAAGAAUCCAUCUCAUCUUCAGGAAACAAUAAGCAAAAGUAACGAAGGCAUAAAAGAAAGUCUGGAUCAUGCCCCUGAAAUAGUCGGAAAGAAAGUCAAGAAUCCAUCUCUACUUCAGACGACAACAAGCAAAAGUAACGAAGGCAUAAAAGAAAGUCUGGAUCAUGCCCCUGAAACAGUGGGAAAGAAAGUCAAGAAUACAUCUCUACUUCAGGCGAAAACAAGCAAAAGUAACGAAGGCAAUAAACAAAGUCUGGAUCAUGCCCCUGAAACAGUGGGAAAGAAAGUCAAGAGUCCAUCUCUACUUCAGGCGACAACAAGCAAAAGUAACGAAAGCAAAAAACAAAGUCUGGAUCAUGCCCCUGAAACAGUGGGAAAGAAAGUCAAGAAUCCAUUUCUAUUUCAGGCGACAACAAGCAAAAGUGACGAAGGCAAAAAACAAAGUCUGGAUCAUGCCCCUGAAACAGUGGGAAAGAAAGUCAAGGUUCCAUCUCUAUUUCAGGCGACGACAAGCAAAAGUAACGAAGGCAUGAAAGAACGCCUGGAUCAUGUCCUUGAAAUAGUGGUAAAGAAAGUCAUGAAUCCAUCUCAAUUUCAGGCGACAACAAGCAAAAGUAACGAAGGCAUAAAAGAAAGUCUGGAUCAUGCCCCUGAAAUAGUCGGAAAGAAUGUCUUGAAUUCAUUGCCAUCUCAAUCACCUUCAAGUACUUCGACUUCAAAAAAUCCCGUUAUAACUGCUUUUGAAAAAGCUAAUCUACAGUUUGACAAAGGAAUGACACUUCUUGACAGAAUUUUGAAUUCCACUCAAUUAGACAAUGAUUAUAAAUCAGACAUUCACGUUUUCCGUUUCAUUGCUUUCCCGAAUGUGAAUACAAAUCAUUUUAAUGAAAAUAUCAUGAAUAAAAGUGAUUUUGAGGGUUUCAAGACCUUCUGGAGAGCAAACGUGCUGACCAAAGAAAAAAUUCCAAAGGUUUCCAACAACACAACUUUUUCAGGCGAUAUAAAAACUUUAGAAAAGGCCAUUUUACGCAUGUUCGCUUCAAAAAACAGUACUGGGAAAAGAAAGCUUAAAGGUGCGCCAGAUAGAUUGGAAAUUGAUGAAAAGAAACUUGGCUUGAAAGAAUGCGUCAUCGAUAUCGAUAAAAAAUUGAGAAAUUCUGAAAUCACUUUCAGAGGUAACAGUAGUAUGCAUAUAGUGCGUUAG